AUGGCCAGCCAGGUGCCGGGGGAACUGGCCUUUGCCGGGCCUGGCGAGCCGUAUAGGAUUUCGCACGCCUCGUCCCGUCCGACAGGCGAUGUCGAGUGUGUCUGGGUCAACGCGUCCUGCGGCGUGCAGACGUUGCAAAGCAGGGUAUGCUAUGUCUCUUGUAGUUUCUCUCCCUCCGAGUCGCCUCCUGACAGUUUUCAGUUUGGCUCCGCUGCCAGGGAAGUGAUAUACUCCAGAUUGGAGAAGUACAUGGACUUUGAGGACGAGAACGAAGGGAGUGGUGACAACGAAAACUGGGAUGGUGAGGACGAAUCUGAGGAGGAUGAAGCCAGUGAAUACGAUGAGGAUGAGGACGAACACCAGUAUGACAACGAUAGUAGCGAAGACGACCACGAAUACGAUCACGACAGCGGAAAUGAAAGUGCUGCCCAUAACGACGAAGAUUACGACAGCAGUGAGACGGAUGGAAUGGCGGACGGCCUCUUGCAAAAUCAAGGCAUCACAGGAGGCACGAGCAACGCUUUGAUGAACGACCUUGCGACCCAGACCAAUCAGCCGAGCACGCAGAACACGCAGAACACGCAGAACACGCAGUUGAUGCAAAGCUCAGUACACACCGUGUUUGACGGCCUGGGAACCCAUGUGGCUACCGGUACUGCCUAUAUCGGCCUCGUAUCUGCUGCCAUGGCUAAUGCUCUGUCGGGACACGUCGACAUGGCUGGCCCCGGUGACCCGGGUGGCCCCGGUGGCCCCAGUCAGACGGUGCCUCUGAAGGAGUCGGUGCCUCUGCACGGCACCAACAUCCCACGCGUUGCCCGCGCGCGAGUGAACCUGACCGCCCUGUCCCAGCGGUACAACGUAUGUGUUCCUGUCGUCAAAGCGUCGGUCUGCCUGCUUGCUGCUAACCAGACCACCCAGCUCUACUUUGCCGUGUACCAGGACAAGAUCCACGUCUACCGGCCACAGCCAGCUCCCGAGAUCCUGCGCGGCCCCCAGCUGAUCCUCUGUCCGGGACCCAGCAGCGCCGCCCGGACCAUUGGUGGCUACAUCGACCCCAAGUUCCCCCACCAGGCGAACCACGCCAUCGUUGGCAAUCUGGGAAGCCAGGAGAUCCUCCUGCUGGGCUACGACGACGGCGACGUCAUCGCCUACUACACCCACCACAUCCGCGACUACCUCGAACGCCGCUCACGCCGUCCGCGACGUCGACAGCAGCAGCAGCAGCAGCCACUCAAGAAGCCCAAGCCCUUCUUCCACCAGACUGUCGGCAUGUCCGCCUGGGGCCUGGCCAUCCAUGCCCAGUCGCGCCUGAUCGCCGUCAGCUCCAACCUAUAUGAGGUCAACGUUUUUGCCUUUGCUCUCUAUCCGCCGUCACCGUCUCGCUCUGCCGGCUCUACCGGUCGCUUGGGCGUGUUCCAUCGGCCACCGGCCGCGUCCGCCGACGGCAGGCCGACGUCCGACCUGGAGCUGCUCCGUCUGCUCCACCUGCGUGAUCGCAACUGGCGCAUUCUCCUCCCUCUCGGGCUUUCCGGCCACAACAUGCCGGGCAUUGCCUUUAUUGACGACGCCAACGGGGAUGCCGAAAAAGUGAUCGGAGUGGAUAUCCACGGUAAUGCCUGGUUCCUCGAUCUCUGGAAAGUCGGAGUGAACCGAGCUCUCGUCAUUCUUCCUCCGGUUCGGGGCGAUCGGCCCAUUGGCUGGGGAAUUCUACCUCUUCCCGCAAAGGCGUUUGUUAAGUCGAAGCGAAUGCCGCCCAUGUCACUAGCAGGUGCCUCUGCCGCAGGCUCUUUGGGCAUUCCAGAUCUCCUAAACUUCACAGGCGAUAAUGACCUCUCCUGUCCGGAAAAUUUCCAGAGACUUGCCACCGACAGCCAAGCUAACAAGGAAGCUGAAGGGGAGCAAGAAUCUGACGACGAGAGUUGGGGGGAGGACAGCUCGGAUGAACACGACUCGGUUUUGCCUGUGGACACUUAUACGUCCUUCUCCGGCGGAGGGUACAAGGAUGGGUCUGAAUAUGACUCCGGUAACGGACAGGGAAGCUGCACAACCGUCAGCAGCAGCAGAAGCAGCAGUGGCAACACGCCCAGUCACCACCGACACAACCACGGGCGCUACGGUUCAGAGGAGCAGCAUCACAGUCACGACUUCCAACUCGGAUCGGUGAUCUGUCCCAGCCUAUCGCUGGCAUGGCCCGACCUCUCGAUGACGAAACUGGUCACCAUCCUCCGGUGUGCGCCGCAGAGACAGAGGCAAGUCAAGGACUUGAUGCUCACGGGAUCAGAGAAGAUACCGGAGCUACUGCAGAUGGCAAAGCGGCUGUCGAUCCUGCGGACCUUUGGCUUAGAGGCAGAUCUGUUCACCACAGGCAUGGAGAAGGCGUGGGGCGUGUUUUCCAACAAGCUGAUGGAACCGCCGGUGGCGUCCAAUUAUAUUUGGGACAUGAACGCCAACUACCAUCGGCUCAGCUUGCUCGAGAGCAUCCCGGAGAUCGGGGUUGUGAUUGUCGGCGGCAUGUUUGGGCGCGUGGCAGUGCUGCGGCUGAUUCGAGGCAGCCUGACGUCCAGAGGUUCGGGCAACGGCAGCUCGCCGCGGCUGAAGCGCUGCUUCCGCACGGAGUGGGUUCUGCCGCGACACGUGGAAGAGAAGAAGAAGCUGCGGCCGCCGUGCUGUCUGCUGGGCAUCGCCGUGUCGCCGGUGCCCGAAGCCGGCGCCAGCAUGUGGGACCUCGCCAGCAGCACCAAGAAGCGACAGCAAGAAGCCAGGUCGCCGCGGCGCUGGCGACUCAUCCUGCACUACAUGGACCACAGCGUCUUGCAGUACUACAUUGAGGAGAGGAGCCUGGGACGUCGACGGCAGAUUCAUCUGUCCGUUUAG